UCAACAGACUAGAGAGCAAACUGGAACGACAGAGGGACUAUGACGACCUGAAACGCGAGAUAAACGCACUAAGGUCGGUCGAUCUCUCGCAGAUACCAACCGGUGAACCUGGCAAGAGCUUGGAGCAUCUUCUAAUGGAACGCUCCAAGGCGCUUCAACAGACCGAAAGCUUGAAGCCAUCCAAUACUCCGGACGCGCUCGGUGGACUGUCGUCACCCCUGCAGCGCGCCUCAACCGCCUCGCCCCACGGGGUCGGGGGUGUGCCGCCUUCGUCCCACGUGUCCUCCCAGCAACCACCGCCACCGCCCCCGACAGCAGUCUCCCUACCUCCGCGUUCCACUCCGACACCGUCUUCGGCCACCUCGACGACGUCCAGCCUCCUCUUCCCACCUCCUCUGCAAAACGUUGAAACCUUCGGCUCCUUCCUCGGCGAAGAGAUCGUCGCCAACUGGAGGCGGACGUUGGAGAGGUCCAUCAUGAAUCAACAACAGCAGCAGCAGCAGCAGCAGCAGCAACAGCAGCAACAGCAGCAGCAGCAGCAACAACAGCAGCAGCAGCAACAGUCGACUUCGUUGAGUCAAUUGUCGCAACAGCAGCAGCAACAGUUACAGCAAGUCCAACCGCUGAUCGGCUUACAUCCACCGACAGCCAGCAGUAGUCUAAAUCAUCUUCCGUCGCCAACGGAUCCGUCGUCCAGCUCCAACACGCCAGCCAAAUCCAACACCCCGUUAGGAACCACUCCGUUGAGUUGCCUCGAUGCCGAGAAGGCCCCGACGCCGGUGUCCGGCCACGAAACGCCAGCACCGCCGACACCGUCGUCUACCACCGCGUUAACGUCACCGCCGAGUUUUCAACCGCCGACCUCGAUGAUCGAGACGACCACCUCCUCGGCCUCCGUCAACGGCGGAAGCGUAACGCCCGCCGUUCCGACAGCCCCGCCGCCAAAGAGCCCAGCGGACCAGGAAUCCUGUCACAACAACAACAACAACAGCCACCAUCUGGCGAACAACAACAUCGGAGGGUUAAGCGUGCUGGACACGCUGAAGAGUCCGUUUCGAUUCGACGAGAGGACGCAUCCGUUUCGAUUCAGCGACGAGUUCGGGGCUGCCGGUAUGGUCGGCAGACUCGGCGAGUCCCUCAUCCCGAAAGGUGACCCGAUGGAGGCCAGGCUACAGGAGAUGCUACGGUACAACAUCGACAAGUACGCGUCGCAGAAUUUGGACACGCUGCACAUAGCCAGAAGGGUCAGGGAGCUGCUGUCGAUACACAACAUCGGUCAAAGACUGUUUGCCAAGUACGUGCUCGGUCUCAGCCAAGGAACGGUGAGCGAGUUGCUGAGCAAACCGAAGCCGUGGGACAAGCUGACGGAAAAAGGCCGCGACAGCUACAGGAAGAUGCACGGCUGGGCGUGCGACGAAAACGCUGUAAUGCUGCUUAAAUCUCUGAUACCCAAGAAAGGCAAGGAGCAGGGAAUGCCAGCGUUCACGCGUGGUCCACAGGAAAGUGGUCCACCGGAAAUAAGUGACGAGAGGUUGGCACAUAUCCUCUCGGAGUCGGGCCACCUACAGAUGAGGGGUGAGCACGAGGUGUCGAACGACACCGCGGACAGCAAAAGUCCGAAUAGAAUCGGUUGUCCGAGCCCGUUUAACAAAGACAGGCUCGACAGUCAAAAUAGGAGACUGAAGAAAUACGAGAACGACGACAUUCCGCAAGAGAAGGUAGUGAGGAUUUACCAGGAGGAGCUGGCUAAACUCAUGGGAAGAAGGGUCGAGGAUCUACGCGGGCCCAGAGAGUUCUCUUCCAGCGCGAUGUUCCCGUACUUUUUCAGCGGCGCGCAGGGUGGUCUUCAGGGUAUAGAGAGGACGCAGGAGGACAUCAGGCUGGCGCUGGACGCGUACCAUCGGGAACUUCAGAAGCUGAACGCGACGCCAGGUCAGAACCCAUCGUUGACCGGACUGCCAGGACUGCCCGGUCUACCUGGCCUGCUGGCACUUCAGCAGCAGGCGCUUCAACAACAUCAUCUGGCUACGAACGGCGGCGGCGGCGGAGGCGGCGGUGGAGGCGGUGGAGGCGGCGGAGGCGGCGGCGGUGGCGUUCAAGAUCUAAGCCUCGGCAAAGUCGAUCCGAGGAGCAAGAUGAUAAACGGAGUGUCGGAAGAGGAAAAAGAGAAGAUGGAGGAAGCGAUGAGACACGCGGGAAGCGCUUUCUCGUUGGUCAGGCCGAAACAGGAGCCGACCGCUGCACCCCAAUCGACCCCAGGUGGAUCAAGCGCGAGUUCACCGCUCGGCAACUCGAUUCUUCCGCCAGCGAUGACACCCAGCGAGGAAUUCUCCGGUGCAGCGGCGGCCAGUCCUCUUCAGAGGAUGGCCUCUAUCACGAACAGUCUGAUCAGUCAACCGUCCACGCCUACCCAUCACGCGGCCAACCAGAGGCCGCUCAAAGCUGUGCUUCCUCCCAUCACUCAGCAACAGUUCGACAUGUACAAUAACUUGAACACGGAGGACAUUGUUAAGAGAGUAAGUCGGAUAGUGAAGGAGCAGUUGUCUCAGUACUCGAUCUCGCAGCGUCUGUUCGGAGAGUCUGUGUUGGGCCUGUCGCAGGGUUCCGUGUCGGACCUGUUGGCACGCCCGAAACCGUGGCACAUGCUGACGCAAAAAGGCCGCGAGCCCUUCAUCAGGAUGAAGAUGUUCCUCGAGGACGACAACGCGGUGCACAAACUGGUCGCCAGCCAGUACAAGAUCGCGCCAGAGAAGCUGAUGAGGACCGGCGGCUACGGUGGCCUGCCUCGUAAGUUUAACUCAGCCUGUGGAACGCCUAUGAAGCCGAUGCCCCCGACGAAACUGGUACAGGAACAACUUCAGAACGCAGCGAAGGCGCAGGCGGCGGCGCAGGCAGCGGCUCAGGCGGCGGCGGCGCAACAUCAACAGGAGAACCAGAUGCAGCUUGGCCCGCCUCAACAGAGUCCUCAGCAACAUCCUCAGCACCCUCAGCCACCGCCGCCGAUGAUGCUGACACCACCUGGCCCUCAUCACCCUCACUCUCAGCUCAGCAUGCAGGAACUGCAGAAGAAGCAGCAACAGCAGCAGCAACAGCAGAUGAACCUCCAUUCCCCGCACCACCAAAUGAACCCGUCGCCACUCCGUAGCCUCCACCCGCACAUUUCGCCGAGCGUGUACGAGAUGGCCGCGUUGACGCAAGACCUCGACACGCAAACGAUCACGACGAAGAUCAAGGAAGCGUUGCUGGCCAACAACAUCGGUCAGAAGAUCUUCGGCGAGGCUGUGCUCGGGCUGUCGCAGGGCUCGGUGAGCGAGUUGCUUAGCAAACCAAAGCCGUGGCACAUGCUGAGCAUAAAGGGCAGAGAGCCGUUUAUAAGGAUGCAGCUGUGGCUGUCCGACGCGCACAACGUGGAUCGGCUACAGGCGUUGAAGAACGAACGCAGGGAGGCGAACAAGAGAAGACGUAGCAGCGGCCCUGGCCACGACAACAGUUCCGACACGUCGAGCAACGACACGGCCGAGUUCUAUCACGCAGCCUCGCCUGGACCCGGGCCAGCCUCCGCCAAGAAGCAGAGGGUCCUCUUCUCCGAAGAACAAAAGGAAGCUCUGAGGCUGGCGUUCGCCCUCGAUCCGUAUCCGAACGUUGCGACCAUCGAGUUUCUCGCCGGUGAACUCGCGUUAUCCUCGCGAACGAUAACCAACUGGUUUCACAAUCAUCGGAUGAGACUGAAGCAACAGACGCCGCACGGUCAGCCGGAGCCUCAAUCGCCGAGAGAGCCUGGCCAACCGUUCGACCCGGUUCAGUUCAGAUUGCUGUUAAACCAAAGACUGUUGGAGAUCCAGAAGGAGAGACUAGGCUUGGGCAACGUGCCACUGCCUUACACGCCGUACUUCAACCCGAACCUGGCUGCCUUAGUAGGGAACGCGCUCAAGGAACAAUGUUCCGGUUUGGACCUCUCCAUGAACGCGCUAAAACGAGAGCCGAAUCAAGAGUUCGAGGACGAGGACGUGGAGGACGCAAUGAGCAAUCUCGGUAGCGAGGACUCGGAAGGAUCCGCGGGUAGUAUAAAGAGAGAACCAGCGGAAACGCCCACGGCGCCGGCCACUGUCAGAUCGAACAGAAGAAAACCGGCAGCGCCGCAGUGGGUGAACCCCGAGUGGCAGGAACCGGCCAGAACGGGGGACGAGGUGAUCAUCAACGGUGUCUGCGUGAUGCAAACGGACGAUUACGGCGUGAAGAGAGAAGCCGAGGAAACGAUCAGGGUGGAACCGACACCGGUGCAGGACAGAUACGAGGAAGACGCGCAAAGCGACGUGUCCUCUGUUUCUGGGAACAACGGCCAGGACCGGGACAGCCCUCUGCCCAGUCCAAAGUCUGGACAGAACAGCCCGGUGACCUCGCCUAGGCCACCGUCGACGCAGCAAACGCAACAGUCGACCGAGGAGAGCCCCAAGGAGACCGUGGUGAAACACGAGCCCGAGGAAACGUGGGAUUAUUAAGGAACUCUUUGUCUCUCUUGUCGUGAUAUCGUUAUUUUCACUGGAUUCAAAGGGGGAACACUGAAAUAGUGAGGUUGACGUUUGUCGAAACAUGCCAAAACGAUGCUGCGAAUCGCUAUACGGUCCGCGUGUCCGCGAGAACCACGGCCUAGUUAAGUUCUUGUAGAGAGGAAGAAAGAAGAAGAAGAAGAAGAAGAAGAAGAAGAAAAAAAAAGAAACGCAAAAACCAGUCAUAGGAUUCGACCAGGCCUGGUUGGUCGAUUCCUGCCUACCACGAGGGCAUUAUCAAUAGGGAGGCAAAUACAAAGUAGAAUACGUGAAAUGGUAAAUUAAAGAAACGCAAAAAAAAUAAAAAUAAAUAAAUAAAUAAA